GUCAAAGUGUCAACGUCAUGGAUGAUCUUAUAUGAAUGGCCGAAAGAUUUUUUAAGUCCUUCUAAUUUUACUAUUGCUUCGCUUCGCGCUGGAAGUAUUUAAGUUGUAUUUAGUUUUUUGCUGAUCAUAAAGUAAUUUAAAAUGUGUAAAUUUAGUGUGUUUUAUUUAUUACUUCUCGCGGCGGUGUUGCAAAUUACCAGCGCACUAAAAGAAGGCGAAUGUGAAGUAUGCAUAAAAACAGUAGAGAAAUUCGCGGCCACGUUAUCCGAUGACGUAAAGAAAGACACAAAACGAAUCGAAACAGAGUUCAAAAAGUUCUGUAAAGGUACAAAGAAUAAGGAGAAUCGGUUCUGUUACUAUUUAGGAGGGCUUGAAGAGUCGGCAACCGGCAUUCUCGGUGAACUGUCCAAACCUCUGAGUUGGUCCAUGCCUGCUGAUAAAAUCUGUGAGAAACUGAAAAAAAAGGACGCACAAAUUUGCGAUCUUCGCUUCGACAAGCAAAUUGACUUGAACAAUGUUGAUCUAAAGAAACUGAAAGUUCGGGAUCUUAAGAAGAUUUUAAAUGACUGGGACGAAGUGUGUGACGGCUGCAUCGAGAAGACUGACUUUAUCAAAAGGAUAGAAGAGUUAAAACCCAAAUAUAUGGGCAGAUCUGAUUUGUAAUAGGAUAUGCUAUUAGAGUAAUUUAUUAAACAAUUGUGUACAUGUGAUGUCUCACUGUGCGAAGAUUGAAGUUGCAGUGAAUAAUAAAUUGUGUUAGGAAUGAUUCAGUGAUUGUGCACAUGUAUGGUGUAUGCAUUUACAGUAGAAUAAAUUAUUACUGUGAUGAAGUAAAUAUUAUUUUCAGA